UUUCAAUUUCUUCUUUGUAAAUGCGCGAUGAAGAUACGGAUCUUUGUAGCAAGAAUUGAAAAUGUGCUCUAUCUAUUGUAAAAAACGAUUAAAUUUAUUUAUGCACUUGAAUUCUUAUACUCUUUCGUAUGAGUAGAUAAGGUAUCUUAUGGAUCAUGUAGAAAAAGAUUGGAACAUGCUUAAGGAUAAAAGAGAAUUGGAGAUUCUAAAAAACUACACUUCCAUUGGAAGUAUAUGCACCUUGAUUUUUACAAUACUUGGUUCUGUGGCUGUAGUACUUUUUUUUUUCUUAUCACUUACAUCAAGCAUCUUUGAUAUCUUAGCGCCAUUGAACGUCUCACGUCCACGAGAACUCCUGUUUCCAGGAGAAUAUUUUGUUGAUCAGCAAAAGUACUUUUAUGCCAUUGUAUUACACUUAAACGUUACUAUAGGUAUGGUAGUUAUCACUAUGGUAGGCACUGAGUCCUUGUAUGUAACGUACGUGCAACAUGCUUGUGGAAUGUUUCAAGUUGCCAGUUAUCGAAUGAAUCAAGCGUUCGACGAUGAAUUCUUAAAAGCGUACACAACUGAAAAACAAGCAAUCAUCGUUUAUAGAAGGAUAGUCGAGGCUAUACAUAUUCACAAAAGAGCUCUCGAAUUUUCUGAAAUUCUAUGGUCUACUUUGGCGGCGUCGUACAGUAUUCUGCUUAUAAUCGGUAUUACAUCUUUGAUUAUUCAUCUUUUCAGUCUUUUUCAAGCAGCAUUAUCUGUGAAGAAGGUGGAGGAAGUUAUAAGAUUAGCUUUUUUUACGUUUGGUCAUGUUUUUUAUUUAUUCUUGGGUAACUAUGUUGGCCAAAUUUUAAUAGAUCAUAGCGCUGGUAUUUUUGAGAACACAUAUAUCACACAAUGGCACGGCACUUCUUUACAAGCGCAGAGAUUACUGCCAAUGAUAAUGCAAAGAAGCAUGAAAAGUUGUAAGAUGGUCGUGGGCGGUAUGUAUGUUCCGUCAUUCGAAGGAUUUGCGACGCUUAUGAGCACAACUGUGUCGUAUUUCACGGUACUUUGGUCAGUACACAAGUAACGCUGUCAGUAAUGAAAAUUUAUAACAUAAAUUGUAG